GUUUGUUUUUAUACUUUGCACAUGAAACAUGUGAUUUCCCUCGAACGCUCGCCGCCGAAGCCAGAGUUUUCUUUAGAGUUUUCCCCUCGCCGCCGGCCGCAAGAGUGAGCGAGAGAGCGAGUGUUCGUGAGUGCGUUCGUGAGUUUCGUUCAAUUGUUCGUGUCGUGUCGUGUCGUGUCGGUGGACAUUUUCCUAAAGCGAGAUUUUUGUAACGGAAAUCGCUGGAGUGCUAAUUAAAUUUGCAUCUGCCAUUUUAAGGGGAUGUCAAAUCUUUAGUCAUAGGGAUUAGUAAAUAAUAGUAAUUAAAUUAAAAAAAAAAAAAAACCAAAAACUCUGCCAUAAAUCUUAGUCAUAGUAGUUUGCUGUGUUAUUUCCACAGGGCCCACAUAAAUCAAUAAGAAGAAAAUAAUAAAUCACCAAGUUCGAGUUAAAUAUUUAAUUUCACACCGAAUGAUAUAAGUGGCUAUGCAAUUUUCGUGCGAAUUUAUAGCUGUCUACAAAUCCAUGUGCAUAAAUAAAUGCGGCUGUGACCAGCCAGUUGACCCGUGAGCCGUAAUUUAUCCAGGCAUCCACCUGAGGACAACCCCAAGUUGCCGAAAGUUUCGCAGUGAAUUUAUUGCCAAUGCCGCGCUCGCGCAAUGCGUUGUCCUUUGGGCCUCGUUGUUGGCCAGCGAAGAGCAGCAUUGCGUUAAUAAAAAUCCUCAGCCAACACAGGAAAUCAUAAACACCAGAAACUCACACCCACAAUAAGCCACACUUCAGCGUGCCCGGAAAAAUGCCAAAGCACGAACGGAAGAAACAAUAAAUAUCAACAGGAGUCCAAGAAAAUCAGCUUUAUUUACUCACAUUAACAACGUAUCAGCAACUGACCAAAUACAUUUAAUAACUAAGUAAUAAAUAAACAAAUACCUAAUCCAACAACUGUGCGGACCAAAACGCGUAAAACUCUUCUAUGCUGUAAAAAUCAAUGUGAGACUUGUGCUUGUAAACAAAACGUAGACCAAACAGUAUCGGUUAUAUGGAUCUAAUCUAGGAACAUUUAAAUUUAGCCUUUAGCUUUAAGUGUACAUAUGACCAGAAUGGAAUACAAACUUGGUAAAAGCUUUAAACUAGUCAACUAAGAGCGGAAGGAGCAAAACCAAACUCGAAUUUUGCUGUCAAUUCUCGUGUGUAAUGUGUAACUGAACGUGUAAACUGUAGACUGUGCUAUAAACAUAUUCAACCUAUUUAAAUAUAAAUUAACUAGCAAACAUUUACAAUAUAUUAUUGUCGAUAAACAGCAUUUAGGCCGGGCAAACAAAGAUUGCUUUCAGAAUGUCAAUGUUCUUCUUUCGAUUGCAUAACCUGCAGCGCGCCGAGGAGAACAAGCGCAAGAAGCGCGUGGAGCAGCAGCGCCAACAGCAGCGCCAGCGGCGGGGGGCCAAGGUCUUCAAGUGUGUCAGCGACUCCACCGGCCACCUGACCCUGGCCCCCUCGCGCCUCUUCGAGCGCACGCCCAUGAGUCCGUCGGACAGUCUGGACGAGAUCGCGCUGCAGAUCCCCAGAGUUCGUGUGGAGUACUAUGUGAACGAAAACACAUUUAAAGAAAGACUGCAACUCUAUUUCAUUAAGAAUCAGCGUUCAAGCCUGCGCAUUCGAAUCGCCGAUUUAUUCCUUAAGUUACUGUCGUGUGUUCUCUACAUAAUACGUGUGAUAUUGGAUAAAAAUCCAACAUUUAUAACAUGCUAUGGCUGCGAAGUGGGCAAUAAAACGGAGUUCAUCAUCUCGGCCAAACUGACGGAGGAGGAGUUCCAGGAGCAGCCCAUCAUCAACUGGGACGCCAUACUCUGGGUGAAUCGGCCAACAGUGCUCUGGGUCCUGCAGCUGCUUCUAGCCAUGGUGUCGCUAACGCAAUCUUUGGUCCUCACAUAUCUAGGCUAUAAGGGCAACAUCUGGCAGCAGAUACUUUCAUUUCACUUUAUACUAGAAUUAGUAACGACAAUACCCUUUGCACUUACGAUUGUUCAUCCUCCGCUGCGGAAUCUCUUUAUUCCCAUUUUCCUCAACUGCUGGCUGGCCAAGCGAUCGCUGGAGAAUAUGUUUAAUGACCUCCAUCGUGCCAUGCAAAAGUCUCAGUCAGCACUCUCGCAGCAGUUGACCAUUCUAUCAGCCACAUUGCUGUGUCUAGUCUUCACGAGCGUUUGUGGCAUCCAGCACUUCCAGCGGGCCGGUCAUCGGCAUCUAAAUCUCUUUCAGAGCACUUACUAUGUGGUUGUGACCUUUUCCACGGUGGGAUAUGGUGACUUUGUGCCGGACAUUUGGCCCUCGCAGCUCUAUAUGGUCAUCAUGAUUUGUGUGGCCCUCAUUGUGUUGCCCACGCAGUUCGAACAGCUGGCCUUCACGUGGAUGGAGCGGCAAAAACUGGGCGGCAGCUACAGUUCGCACCGCGCGCAGAGUGAAAAGCACGUGGUGGUGUGCUCCACCACCCUGCAUGCGGACACCAUCAUGGACUUCCUCAACGAGUUCUACGCCCAUCCGCUGCUGCAGGACUUCUAUGUGGUGCUGCUAAGUCCCAUGGAGCUGGACACGACGAUGCGGAUGAUCCUGCAGGUGCCCAUUUGGGCGCAGCGCGUCAUCUACAUUCAGGGCUCGUGCUUGAAGGAUGGCGACUUGGCCCGGGCCCGCAUGAACGAAGCGGAGGCGUGCUUUAUCCUGGCGGCCAGAAACUAUGCGGACAAAACGGCCGCCGACGAGCACACCAUUCUACGCUCGUGGGCCGUCAAGGAUUUUGCCCCAAAUGUGCCGCAGUAUGUGCAGAUUUUCAGACCGGAGCACAAGCUGCAUGUGAAGUUCGCGGAGCACGUGGUCUGCGAGGACGAGUUCAAGUACGCCCUUUUGGCCAACAACUGCACCUGUCCCGGCGCCAGCACACUGGUCACCCUGCUGCUCCACACAUCCCGCGGACAGGAGGGCCAGCAGAGUCCGGAGGAGUGGCACCGGCUGUACGGCAAGUGCUCCGGAAACGAGAUCUACCACAUUGUGCUGGGCGACAGUCGAUUCUUUGGCGAGUACGAAGGCAAGAGCUUCACAUACGCCAGCUUUCAUUCGCAUCGCAAAUAUGGAGUGGCCUUGGUGGGCGUGCGUCCGGCUGAGCUGCCAGAAUUCUACGAGGAAACCAUUCUGCUGAACCCCGGACCCAGGCACAUUAUGAAAAAGGAUGACACGUGCUAUUACAUGAGCAUCACCAAGGAGGAGAAUUCCGCAUUUGUCGUUAAUCAAAAUCAAACAUCGGACGCCACGGGAGCUGCCAAGGAAGGGGGCGGGGUCGGUGGCGGGGGCGGUGGCGGUGGCGGUGGCGGACCCUCCUCGUCCACCUCCCACCACCCUGCGACUGCAACUGCAAAUCCAACAAUAACAACAACAACAGUACAAGCAACAACAACAACAACAACAAUUAGCACAACCUUCACAUCAUCAACAUUACUAUCAGCAUCAACAACAACAGCAACAAUAAAUGCAACCUCAACCGCCGCAGCCGCACCACCACCAGUGCCGUCUGUUUGUGUGCGUGUGCCCCACAGUCCCAGUUACGAUAGUGGUGGUGGCACCACCGGCAACACCCACUUGCAACCGUAUCCGUAUCCGCAAUCGUAUCCGCAAUCGCAUCCGCCAAUGCAAACACCAGACAGUGGCGAGUUUGCAUCACUAUUUGUGCCCAGCGAUAAUCCGACGGCUGUGAUAAUCUCGGACUCCAGGCAGAACCUCAAGGACACGACGGUGACCCAGACGGCGGCGACGAUAACCACGACGACCCUGCCUCCUCCUUCGCAGACGAUGGGAUCCCCCAGCAUGGCCGGCGGAUCGGGUGGUGGUGGUGGAGGAGGAGGGGGAGGAGGCCUGGGACUGGGACUGGGUAGUGCCCACAGCAUGGGCACCUCGCUGAGCAUCACUCCAGCCACUCUGACCACCACUGGCAAUCACCUCGAUGUGCCCUUCGCCAACAAUCCCAACCUGCUCAGUCCGGAUGUGCUCAACCAGCGGAGGGGCAGUAGACGUCCCUCGAUCCUGCCCGUUCCCGAUAUGUUCACCUCCUCCUCGUUCAGCAUCGCUGGCAAUGACGAUGGCGAGGAGGGGGACGAGAGUGAUGAUGAGAUCGACGACGAGAUGCCCUGGCGUUCGCCAUCCGAGAAGAUUGCCAUCGUCAAGGGUUUUCCGCCCGUGUCACCCUUCAUUGGCGUGAGUCCGACGCUCUGUUACCUGCUCAAAGAGAAGAAGCCUCUCUGCUGUCUGCAGCUGGCUCAGGUCUGCGAGCACUGCAGCUAUCGAAAUGCCAAGGAGUAUCAGUGGCAGAACAAGACCAUCAUCCUGGCAGCGGACUAUGCCUCCAAUGGCAUAUACAACUUCAUCAUCCCGCUGAGAGCUCACUUCCGAUCGAAGACCUCGUUGAAUCCCAUUAUCUUGCUGUUGGAAAGACGGCCAGACGUGGCCUUCUUAGAUGCCCUCUCCUACUUUCCACUGGUCUACUGGAUGCUGGGUUCGAUCGAUUGCCUGGACGAUCUGCUGCGAGCCGGCAUCACAUUGGCCGAAAGUGUGGUGGUGGUCAACAAGGAGCUAUCCAAUUCAGCCGAAGAAGACUCCCUCUCCGAUUGUAACACCAUUGUGGCCGUGCAAAAUAUGUUCAAAUUCUUUCCCAGCAUCAAGAGCAUCACGGAGCUGUCGCAGAGCUCCAACAUGAGGUUCAUGCAGUUCCGGGCCCACGACAAGUAUGCCCUGCAUCUCAGCAAAAUGGAAAAGCGCGAGAAGGAGCGCGGCUCGCACAUAUCCUACAUGUUCCGGCUGCCCUUCGCCGCGGGAGCCGUCUUCAGUGCCUCCAUGCUGGACACGCUGUUGUAUCAGGCCUUCGUGAAGGACUAUGUGAUUACGUUCGUGCGACUGCUGCUGGGCAUUGACCAGGCUCCGGGUAGCGGGUUUCUGACCUCGAUGCGCAUCACCAAGGACGACAUGUGGAUACGCACAUAUGGGCGACUGUAUCAGAAGCUCUGCUCCACCACCUGCGAAAUACCCAUUGGCAUUUACCGCACGCAGGACACCUCGAAUGCGGACACGUCUCAUGUGAGUAACUCGCCGGUCGAGAGAUGGGGACCCUUCUCGGCCUUCAGCAGGCAUUGUGUGCGCUUGCGUCCAUCGUACGACGAGGAGACCGGCACGCCCGACUCGACGAAGGACUCAACGGAAAUGCUGCGCGGGGUCACCUACCGUCCGCCGGGGUCGGCAACAGGUGGCGCCAGCAGUUUCCGGCCGCAGCCCCAGCGCCAGCGGUCAGUCAACUGUUUGGGCGGUUGCUCGGAGCGCAAGGGAUCAUCCUAUUCCAUCAAUCUGGCCGAUGAGGCGAGGGACAACCAUGCCCAGCAGAUUGAGCGGGCAGAGAUCGCUAAUCUGGUGAGAAGUCGGAUGGAGUCCCUGAAUCUGCCCACCAUCGACUAUGACGAUGUGAGUGAGAAGCGCAACCAUCUGUCCUAUGUGAUAAUCAACCCGAGCUGUGAUCUCAAACUGGAGGAGGGCGAUCUCAUAUACUUGGUGAGACCGUCGCCGUUCUCGGCCCAAAAGACCUUCGAGCGACACAACUCGCGCCGCAAGUCAAACAUCUCGUUCUGCUCGAACAUUAACCUGGGCGCCACCCAGAUGCCGCAGAUGAACAUGAACAUGAACAUGAACAUGAACAUGGCCAAUACCGCCGUCGGGGCUGGAUCGCGUCGAGGAUCCGGCAUCGCCGGCUUGAACCCCAUGCAAAUGCAGAGUGUCCAGACCUUGGCCGGGUAUGGAUCAUCCUCGCAGCGCUGUAGCCCCCCGAUGCAGCAAAUUAAAUCGAAUUCUCUUUCUCUACCCGACAGUCCGACGGUGGUUGGCAAUCAGCGCGGACGGAGUAACUCAUUGCGGAUCGACAACGACAUCCUGCUCCGUCGAUCCUCGUCCCUGCGACAGGGCCUUCCCAGCGUGGGCGUCAGCCACGGCCGGCGAAAGUCGUCGCUGGAGGAGAUCGGCAUCAGUCACUUCACCACACUGAUGCAGGCAACGAACCAUAGUAAUCCCAUCAAGAUAUCGCUGAACGGCAGUAUCGGCAUGGAGAAUCAAAUCUCGCUGCAGGUGACGCCGCCCGAGGAGCCAACACCCAUGUUGGGCGUACCCUGUGUAUUGGGCGGUGGUGGUGGCGGUGGCAUUAACCCAUCCGGAGCGGGUUCCUCCACCGGCGGCAUGCUGGGCGCCGGCUCUUCGCUGGCCAUCAAUACCGCGGACCUGGGACCUGGACCGAGCACCUCAUCCGGGGCCAGUGGUUCGCUGCAGGCACAGGACUCGCUGGGGCAGCAGUCGGCUCAAGUGUCCUCGCCACAGCACCUGCAGGGGACGAUCGUAUGAUACAACCUGAUGUGGGGGCGCCGACUCCGCUCCUCCAUGUCGAAAAACAAGUGGAUAUAGAACACGGCCGGCACACACAGACACACCCGUAGAGAUAAGUUCUAGGCAGAGCGAUAGUAUUAGCAACCCAAACCAAACCAGUUAAAACCCACCCACCAACCCCAAGAGGCUGUCUGUGGUGUGUGUAACCCCCGGCAAAUCCAUUUCGAGUUCCCUUAAGUUAGUCUCGUAUGUUCAAUAGAUCACGAUCACUAUAUCACUAGAGGCGCGUGCUUAUCGGUUAAUCCCUUAGGAGUAUGUAUAGAUAUAUAUAUUGUAAUAAUAUAUUGCAAGUUUUGCAAUUAGUUGUAAGCUAAUGAUUAUGAUGGCUUUGCACACUAAAAAGCCGCGGCAAAUUGUGUUUUGGGAACAACAAAUGUAGUUAAACUAUUGGAUAGGUGGGACUAUAAAGAUUUAGCAAACUGUAUAACUGUAUAUAUCUGAUGCCUAGUUGUAAGCAUAACCGAGAAGUCAGAAGUAGCAAACUAUCAAAUAGAUCGGGCUAGAAAGCAUAAAACCAUGUAUAUACCUUAGGUAUGACCACUUAAUUGGGCUUCAGCUCGAUUUAGCUUCCCCUUCCGCUUCGGAAGGAACUUCCCCUGACCCUGACCCUGACCCUGACCCACUUAAACCCCAUAUAGAUACAUAUAUGAAGGUGCUAUCAAUGUCUUGUACUAUACACACACACACACUCAGAUAAAUGUUUUGUGAAACUUCUAGAAAUGUUCUACAAAAUUAUAGAAAAGAAAAGUGAAAAGGUUUUCAUAACAUAAAUUGGAACGGGCUUUGGUAUACUCUAAUGCUUUACAAAACCAACAACAAAAAUAUGUAUACAUAUAUAAGAAUAAAUCAAAGAAUUUGUAUAUAAACUAUAUAGGUAAGAAAAACCAACCAAUGCAUUCAAGAAAAAACGAGAACGAAAACAAACUACUAGAACCUAAUGAAACAACUUAAAUCGAAAAACAACAGAAUCUAGAAAUAAAGUUGUAGUUUAGAGUUAACUAAUUAAGACUAGUUUGGACCGAGGAUCGAGUACCGGCAACUGAACCAAAUUCAAUGAGCUAUUAGAACCAGCGUUCGCAGCUAACACAACCCUGUAGCAACGCAACCCACGUCCCUUUAACUUAAUUCGAUCCCAGCUAUAGACUCUAUAAAGUAGCUAAAACAAUGUACCUACACGACCAUUUACCACACAAACAUCCAUACACUCACUUAAAAAUGUUAGUUAAAGCACCCAAAGCAGUUUUAUAAGGAAAUUUUAGUCAACGACGACGAUGAAAUGCAUUCCAGUGUCUCGAGAGGAAACUAGUUAAGCUUAUGCCUAGCACCCCCAGAAACCUAUUUAUAUAGAUCUGUAUACUUAUGUAUCUGUAUAUCUGCAUCUACCACAUAGAUCAAAUCGAUGUCUCAAUGUACAAAAGUAGGUAACUAAACCGCAACUGGCAUUGGCUGCAGCAUUAGAGAUACAUUUAGUGUGAACUAGGGUAUAAACUUGCUGUAAUAUUUAUCGGCGCCAUGCUCUUUAAAGCAUGUCGAACAGAACUCACAAUAAACUCAAACUAUAGUUGGAAAUAA